GUCUGACCAUAUAAAUACCCAAUUCCGCUUUCGAAAACUUCUUCGUUUACUCUUUCGAAGCUUCUUUCAUCCAAAACCCUAAUUCUUCCAUUUCUGAUUCUCCCCUUUCGGAACAUGGCUGACUCUCCUCCUCGGAAAAGGGUCUCACCUUCUCCUUCCCCACCACGGAGAGCUCCAUCCAGGUCCAGAUCAAGGUCUAGGUCUUGGUCAAGGCCUGUAUCUAGAUCAAGAUCUCGAUCCUGGUCAAGGCCGAGGCCUGUAUCCCAAUCUCGAAGCCGUGGCAGAUCAAGGUCCAGAAGUCCUGGCAGACCUGAAGCUAUAAAUCCUGGAAAUACACUAUAUGUGACUGGUCUUUCAACAAGGGUUACAGAAAGGGAGCUCGAAGACCACUUCUCCAAAGAAGGAAAGGUUGCUUCAUGUUUUCUAGUGGUGGAGCCUCGGUCACGUGUUUCCCGUGGUUUUGCCUUUGUUACAAUGGACAACGUCGACGAUGCUGAGCGGUGCAUCAAGUAUCUCAAUCAAUCAGUUCUAGAAGGCCGAUACAUAACGGUAGAAAGGUCUCGAAGGAAACGUGCAAGGACUCCAACGCCUGGCCACUAUCUCGGGUUGAAAAGCACCAGAGAUCACGGUUACCGUGGUGGCGGUGGUGGUGGUAGUGACCGUGACAGGGAUCGUGGUGGUGAUCGCGGUAGGUAUCGAGGUGGAGGUGGAGGCGGGGGUCGUGAUGACUAUGGAUAUCGUGGUAGGUCUCCAAGACGCUCACCAUAUCGAGGGGGUCGUGAGUAUUAUUCUCCCCGACAUUCUUCUCCUCCUCCUUACGGGGGAAGACCAUCAAGGAGGGACCGGUCGAGGUCACCUUAUGGUAGCCCAGAAAGGAAAUAUGUUAGAGGUUGAAUGGCUGUGCUCUGCUCUUGCUGAGCCAAAGUUUAGGGAACUAUAUGGCAUUGUGUAAUGACAUGUGGAUUUGGAGUUUGUUACGCAGUUUUUAGUUUGGCCUAUAAUUUGUGUUUCA